CAGACGUGGGGGAGAGUCCGAAAGUUGUGUGGUUGUGGUGUGAAGUGUGAACCAUGAAAACAAUAGGCCUAGCCUAUUUAACCGGCAAAUAAAUUAAGGAAAAUUUAUAGGCUCCUUAAAUAAAACGCACUGAAUUGGCACGUUACUAACAGUAACAAGUAGGGUGUCACGUCAUGUAACUUGUGUUUUCUCCGUAGGCUGGAAAUUGGAGACAGCAGGCAGGUGUAAUCUAGAGAUCUCUGGACUGGUGGCUGAUGAACCUGAAGUCAGAAGAAAAUGGAAAAACAAGGAUUUCAAGGUGCAUCCAGUCACUGCCAGAAGGAUGAACAGACCCUCCCUAGGUGGGGAUCAAUGUGUACAGCAAGCAAACCCUGCGGCCAAAAUGCUCAAAGCAGCACAAUACAACAAAGUUCACAGACUUCAGAUGGUGACGAUACUCUCCGAGCGUCAGUUAGUGGGGGGCAAAGAUCUCUUCAAGGUACAGUUUACUCCAGCAAAAGUCACAAAAAAGGCCAAAAACAGGCCUCUCAAAAUACAACAAAUGGAGGACACCAGUCGUCCCUGGCCUCAGCUCGCAAAAGCUGUCGUAGUUCAGACUCUGAGACACCCACAAAACGUCAGCGAAAGUCGAAGUGUGACAAAACUGUAGGGUCUGCCUCCAGUUGUACAUCCCGUCAAGACCAUCAUUUUCAUUUCUAUCGGAGAAAAAAUCAACGGUCAAAUCAAAAUACUGCACCUUGGUUUACUAAAUUAUCCAAACGUCUCUUUGAGGCUGUGGAGGCUGGACGGUCAAAUAAAGUGGCUGAAAUCUUAAAAAAUGAUGGCAAGUGUUUACUUUCUGUCUUGGAUGUUGCCCUGCAUAAAGCCGUGUCUCAGGGUCACCUGUCUAUAGUGCAAAACCUGAUGCAUCAUGGAGCUAAUCUUUAUACACAAAUUUUGGGACAGACUUGCUUCCACAUUGCUGCAGAAAAAGGGCAUGUUCAUGUCAUACAGUUUAUUCUCGGAAAAAAGGUGGGUGGAGGUAUUUUCUCAAAUUUUACAUUUGAUUUUGGUGGCAACACUCCACUGAUUCUUUGUCAGGGCACAUCGAGUGCAGCUCACAUCACCAAGAUUAUUUUGUCACACUCGCGCGGAGCAGCGAUCAAUGUUCAGAACCUCAAAGGAGAAACCGCAUUGAUUAAAGCUGUGCAGAGUCGGAACAUUAGCGCUGUACACCAGUUGGUGAUGGCCGGGGCCAAUAUGAAUCUGAACGACAUGAAAGGGAAUACUGCCAAAUCAAUAGCCACUGCCAUGGGUAUGUAUGGGUUGUUGGAGGUACUGGCCAAGGACACUGGUGGUCAAGGAUUGACCCCAAUAAUGACAGCAGUAAGGGCCCAAAAUACUGAUCUUUUAGCAGCGCUACUUAUGUCAAAACAGUUUGAUGUGGAUGAAAAAGUAAACACAGGUAAAAGAGGGAAAGACAGUUACACUGAUACUGCCCUCACGAUGAUCUUAAAUUCAAAACUGGAUGCAAGGCAGGAAUUAUUACGCAGCAGCAUUGACUGGAAAUCCCAUUUACAUAAUUUUGAACAGUUAACUUUCAAAGAGCUGGACAUUAUAGCUAUGCUGGUGAGAGCUGGAGCAAAUAUCCAUGUUUGGGGUAGGUAUGGCUAUUAUAAUAGUCCUUUUCAAAUGGCCGUGGAACUUGGAGAUGGGCGACUUCUUGACGUUUUGCUGAAAAAUGAAAAAGGGAUUGGAAAUUGUGACUCAUAUGCAACAGCUUUAGGGGUUGCUGCUAGGAAUGGACGUUGUGAUCUCAUAGAUGCUCUCACCCCAGGUAUGGCAGCGCUGGAACGUUAUUUUGUUCCAAAACAGAAAUGGAAUCGCAGUUUUCAUAAUACUUUGAAUGAUGCAUUGAGGGUUGGUAACGAAGAGUGUGUGGGUAAACUCUUGAAGAUCUUCAAAAAUAUUGAUUUUGAUAGUACCAUCACUGUCGCAAUUAAGUCUGGUCGUUAUCCUGUGUUUUUGAUGGUGCAGAAUGCCUGCCUAGAACAAUUUCACCAACAAGUGUCUGGUGAUGAAGGGACGAAGUGGCUGUGUGCCGCUAUCACCAGCAACAGUUUGGCUAUUAUAGAAAAUCUCAUACUUAAUGGUGCAGAUGUGAACAAGUGUUGUCGUUCCUUUGUCAAUGGUCGUUGUACAGACUCAGCUUUAGAACAGGCUGUUUUGUCAAAUCUCACAGAAGUUGUCAAAAUUUUGAUGAAGCAUGGCGCUACAUUAAACAUCGACAUACUCACUCUUGCUCUAUCACAUCACCAGUGUAUGGCUGAAAUGCGAAAGUUGCUUCUUAGCUAUGAUGACAUUGACCCCAAUCAGAUUAAUUCCCAAGGUCAGUUGCCUCUUUCAGUAGCAGCGUUUCAUGGGGAUUUGGAGUCUGUUGAGACGCUCAUCAAAAAAGGUGCAGAUGUGAAUUUUAAGGGUAAUCCUCUUUCACGUCCUGCUCUUAUUUCUGCCGUUGUUGGAAAAAAUGUUGAAGUGGCUCGCUAUUUGCUUGAUUGUGGCGCUGAUGUUAACACUAAGAAUCCCUCUGGUGAAACUGCGCUAACCAAGGCUGCCAGAACUGAUGAUGGGUCCAUUGUUUCUUUGCUCAUUGAAAAAGGGGCGUGGCUUAAUGUCUCAAAUUAUGAAGACCUCACAGCCUUGAUGCUAGCUGCAAGUUGCAAAAACUUUCCUGCUUUUCGUUGUUUGAUGGAAGCUGGUGCUGACUUUGACCUCAGAUGCCAUUAUAAUUAUAAUGAAACUUUGUUAACUAUGCUUCUCUCUGAGAAAUCAUAUUCUGUAUUUGCUAGGUUUAUAGUGUGUCUUGUCAGGCAUGGAGCUAAAGUUUCUACAGGGGAAGCGAUGUUGGCAGUCCACAACAGCAUUGCCCUCGGCAAUUUUCAUGUUUUGUCAGCCCUGAUACACUAUGGUGGUUUUAAUCCUACUCUGUUUAAAGAUAUCCAUGUUAAAAAGACUCCGCCUUUUUGUAAGGCAAAAGGCUUUCUGAUAGCAGACUUUGCCGGCGUUUUCUCUCCCCUUUGUAUGGCGUUACUGUGUGGUCAUAUGACAGUGGCUCGGGACAUGCUGCAGGCCUCCUAUUUGACAACGUCAGACUUGACUCUUUUGCCGAGACAUACAAAAGUCAGAGAGUUUCUUAACAGAAGAAGGUUUGACGAGAGUGUAGCGGUUCUAAAUGAGAUGUCGGUCUCCGUACCGUCUCUUCAACAGAUUUGUUUUGUUCGUGUUUCUGACAUGUGUGGGUCUGAGCCAGGUCGGAAGGAAAAAGUGAGACAGCUUGAGCUUCCAGAUUCUAUAGAGAGGUCGCUUUUGUUUUCUUGCAGGGAUCAGUUGAUUGGGGGGAAGUGCUGCAUGGCAGAGAAUUCAUCAGAGACAACACCUGCCAAAGUACGGGAGAGAAAGGAUAAUUAUAUUAUAUUUACCGGUGCCCGGUAGGCAUAUAAAAGAAAAUAUUUUCUUGAGUGCCGUGAAGUGGAGAAAAUACCCUAUGAUUUGAGAGCUCUCUUGAUAACAAAUUAAAAUCACUUUAUCCGUGAAGAAAUGGAUCAUAGCAAUAUUUCUUACUUUUUAAUCUUUAUUUGAGACCUUGCUUCUUCUAUGAGUUAUAUAUUUAGAUCCGUUUGUCUGCGGAAUUUUUUUCUGUCCUUACAUUAUAUUAUCGGGUUAUAAUUUCUCACAAAAUUAAGCUAUAAUAACAGUAUUUUAUGCCUCAAAA